AUGGUAACCUCCAAUCGGGUAUACCUACCACACGCUAAGGCACUGGUAUUUCACUGGCGAGACAUCUCAACCCUACCUGACUAUAGACUACCCGACCAGUUGUGGACACUGUAUAACAUGGAGGCACCCACUAAUACGCCUCAAAACCUAUGGCCUACGAGUGAGUUCAACCUAACGGCGUCUUAUCGUAUGGACUCCGAUAUAUACGUCCCCUACGGACUGGUAGAUAAGCGCCGGGAGGCCUUUAAUCUUAACAUAGAUGUUCAUAAUAAGUCAAAAAUGGUAGCAUGGUUCGUUAGCGAUUGCGAUACACCAGGUCAUAGGGAAUGGUAUGUCGAGGAACUGGCAAAGUAUAUACAGGUGAAUGUCUAUGGGAAGUGCGGGAACUACACGUGCGAACCGCGCCGUAGUCCCCGGUGUUGGGAACGGGUGGCUAAGGAAUACUGGUUUUACUUGUCGUUUGAGAACUCCGUUUGUCGUGAUUACGUGACGGAGAAGCUGUUCGACGCCCUGACCCACAACAUAGUGCCCGUCGUGUUUGGCGGCGCCCGCUAUGACCUCAUACUACCGCACAUGUCGUACGUCGACGCAAACCGGUUGACACCCCACCAGUUGGCCGACCGGCUCGCGAGUAUAGCCCGCAAUCGGACCGAGUAUUUACGGUAUUUCCGAUGGAAACACCAUUUCCGGGUCCACACGAGCCUCGAGCUACAAGUGUUUUGUCAGUUGUGCCGCCGAUUGAACCAGAGAUCAGAUUAUGGUAGACUGUCCCAGCAUACCGGUGCUCAGGUGAGCAAGUGGUGGUUCACGGGUGGCAAGUGUAGGCAGUGGGUGGGCGUUGAGGAGGACGAGGUGGGCGUGAAAAAUGUGUUUUAUUAA